GCAGCUGAAUAUUGAUGGGAACCAGUACGAGCAACCAAUCCUCCCAGUUUAGAGCUGACAGCUGCUGGAAGCCUUUUUCUGCUCCAGCCCACGCUCCGACUACCAGGACCAUUCCCCAAGUGUGUUCGCUGAUUAAUUAUUUCAUGGGUCGGCCAGAAUGAAAAUGCCUGAAGUGUCUGCUUCGGCCUCAGCUGCUGCUGUCAGGCCUCCUGUCUGAAGACAACUGCUGCCGUUCCACACACACACAGCUGAAGCAACAUCUAUAAAGAGACCAGAGAACUGAAGCGUUUCCAUUCUUCUUUCUUCCCAUCUACCGCCUGCGAGCAGGACUCAGCCGCAGCCAGGAUGGCAGAGAAAAAGAUGCCAUCAAGUCGGAAAAAUCAUCUCAAGGCCCUGCUGCUGCAGAUCGGUGAGGCAAUGCUGGAGGAGGAGUUGCAGGAGGCCCAGAAUGAGAAGAUGAAGUACAUGCAGGAUAACUGCCCGACUCUCUCCAUCCCAAGCUGCAUGCAGGAUCUGCAGGAACUUUGUCGGAAACUUCACAAGGAAAUUGAUUUGGUGGAUGAGCAACGAUAUGACAUGGAGAACAAAGUAAAAAAGUCCAGCAAGGAGAUUGACGACCUGAAGAUCAUGGUUCAAGAUCUGAAGGGCAAAUUUAAGAAGCCAGUCCUUAAGAAGGUGAGGAUGUCAGCUGACGCCAUGCUGGCUGCUCUACUGGGCUCCAAACACAAAGUAUCCAUGGAUCUUAGAGCCAACCUGAAACAGGUCAAGAAGGAGGUGAAAGAGGAGGAGAAGCAAACAGGUGACUGGAGGAAGAACAUCAAGGACAAGGCAGGAAUGGAUGGGAGGAAGAAGAUGUUUGAGACAGAGGCAUAAAUGACUGUUGUUUUGUGUUUUUAUGUGAGCAGCCCUGAUCCUGUGUAUUAUGUGGUUGUUACUGUUAGAAAGGUAUUUAAAUAAAUAAAGCACAAA